AGGAGAGAAGAGGGAGAAUGAGAAAAGGAAAACAAACAUAUCCCCCUGUAUUCCCACUCAGCUGUUUCCUGCCAGUGCCGGGAGAAGAGUAAAGACUCGGUUCCUUCAGGAAUCCCAUCAUGCAGAUCUGAUUUCCUUGGGGAACACACACACACAUGCUGACAGGUAAAAAGUAAGACAAUGGCAGGCAACAAUCAGCUUUGCAUCCGACGUUGGACUACUAAGCACGUAGCCAAGUGGCUAAAGGAAGAAGGCUUCUGCGAGUAUGUGGACAUUUUAUGCAACAGACACAGACUGGAUGGAAUUACAUUAUUGACACUGACGGAAUAUGAUUUGCGAUCCCCUCCUUUGGAAAUCAAAGUCCUGGGGGAUAUCAAAAGACUAAUGUUGUCAAUACGCAAAUUGCAGAAACAGUAUCUUGAGGUGUUAGAAGAGUUGGGUUAUACCAGUGAUAGCCCUAUUGGCACAAUGACGCCUACCGUUGGCUCCCUUCAAGGUACGGAUUGGUUUUGUAAUGGUGAAGUACCACGGGACUGUGGACCAGUUACUGACCUGAAUGCUGAUCAGUAUCAAUACACAAAUGGGAAAAACAAACAUUCUAUGCGAAGACUGGACCCUGAGUACUGGAAAACAGUCUUAAGUUGUGUAUAUGUUUUCAUAGUGUUUGGCUUUACAUCAUUUGUCAUGGUUAUAGUACAUGAGCGAGUACCAGACAUGCAGACAUAUCCACCUCUACCAGACAUAUUUCUAGACAGUGUUCCUAGGAUACCAUGGGCCUUUGCCAUGACUGAAGUUUGUGGCGUGAUUCUCUGCUAUAUCUGGCUCCUGGUCCUUCUCCUUCACAAACACAGGUCUAUACUGUUACGCAGACUGUGUAGCUUAAUGGGGACUGUGUUCUUGUUGCGCUGCUUUACAAUGUUUGUUACCUCACUCUCUGUGCCAGGCCAGCAUCUGCAAUGUUCUGGAAAGUUGUACGGCAACGUGUGGGCAAAACUUCAGCGAGCAUUUGCAAUUUGGAGUGGUUUUGGAAUGACACUCACUGGAGUACAUACAUGUGGAGACUACAUGUUCAGUGGCCAUACUGUUGUCCUAACUAUGCUGAACUUCUUUGUCACUGAAUAUACACCAAGAAGCUGGAACUUCUUGCAUACUUUAUCCUGGGUCCUGAAUCUCUUUGGGAUCUUCUUCAUUUUGGCUGCCCAUGAACAUUACUCUAUAGACGUCUUCAUUGCCUUCUACAUCACCACAAGACUCUUCUUGUACUACCACACAUUGGCUAAUACCAGAGCGUAUCAGCAGAGUAGGAGAGCGAGAAUUUGGUUUCCUAUGUUUUCUUUUUUUGAAUGCAAUGUUAAUGGUACAGUUCCCAAUGAGUACUGCUGGCCCUUUUCAAAACCUACAAUAAUGAGACGGUUAAUUGGGUGAAGAGCACCUAGUUUAAUCCGAGUUAGUAUGAAGUAUCCAUUAUGAAACCGCUACAGAAUUAGCUGGAAAAAUAAGAAAAUACCUUUUUCCAUCCCUGUGGUCUUCUCAUGUUCCACUUCUUAGAUUCUCAGUCACAAAGUUGGGAUUUCCAUACUUCACAAGAUAGUAGUAGAAAGUAACUGUAGGCGGCUAGGUAGAGGCUGCCCAUACAUUAUUAUGAAUUUGAAGUAGAGGCAUCAUUGUUACCAUUGACAUGAUUCAACAAAAUGCUUUAGGGUGGAAAAUAACUUGCAUCUUUAAAGUGUGCUUUACCUGACUUGUUUCUUUGAGGACCGGAUGAUCUGUGGUACCUUGGAUGUUUACCUGUACAAAUAAUACCAAGUACAGUACUAAUAUAUUAGCCAAUGACUUUUUAAAAAAUUAUUAAAUAUAACUUUUCAUUUGAGGUGUAUACACUUACAAAAUGAGAUUCUGAAGAGUAAUUUUCCAGAAUAAGAAAGGUGGUAUAGUUCUUUACAAAAUGGUUUUCCAGAAAUGUUAAAGUAAGAAUUUGGGGUUUUUUUCUAAAAAAAAAUAAAAAAUAAAAAAAAACCCAAAGGUGUGGCAAAUGUACAAAAUGCCAAAAAAAGAGACCACCUCUUUUUUUGGUUUGGAGGUUGUCGAUAUUAUGAUAGCGUUUGAACAGGAUUAUUUGGUCAGAGUUAACGGUUUGUAGCUUUGGUUUAAAUUUGGAGGGUUCUUUGUUGCAUUUCAACAGCUGGAUUAGAAAUAAAAGCUACAUUGGUUGAAAAUGAAGUUGAGGUAGCUUUAGUGCUGUAGAGUCACAUAGCUACUCUCUCUUCUGUAUGGUUUAUAAAACACUUUGCCUAACCCUAUGCAUGCUUUUAUGAGCAACUCUUUAACCAUUAGAAGAAUUAGAACAGUUCCAUUUAUCUUGAAGUAACGUAGUCUCAUAAAUAGAUGUGGAAAUGCAUGUAGUGUCUUUUUUUCCCCCUCAGGAAAAAUUUAAAAGCAAAUUUCAGAAAUAGUGCUAAUGUUGAUCUUUUAUUAAUUAUAUUUCAUGUCCCAGUCCAUCUGGUAUCAGCAAACGUUGAAUAUAUUUGAGUUCCUACAAGUGUUUUGGCAAACUGUAUACAGUAAAUGCUUUAUACUUAGUCUUAGCAAUUAUGAAAAUAGACUUGGUUGUUAGAAAUAAGUUGCUUGUUUAGGACACUAAGAGUUAAAGCAGUUUAGCUUCUGUGAUAAGUAUCACUUUUUGAGAGAGCUUUUUGCUCGUGAAAGACUAGUGAUUAGAACUGGAGCCUGAAAUACUGUUUGCAAGCCAGGCACUAUGUGUUUGUGACCUUACAAACUGUUAUCCAUAUAUUUUUUUCAUGUGCAGGAAGAUAUCUGUAACUGUGGUUAUUUAGAUUUAAUGGAGGAUAGUAGUUAGAGAGUUACAAAUUGCAACCAAUAUAUAAAUGUUGGUGAUUUUCAUGUUAAUUCACUAUCAUAUAAUUUCAGAAUGGCUAGAGUAUGAGAAGAGGUAGUGCAGUGUCUGCCUUGAAAAAUGUCCAUGAAAAUUUGCCAUCCCAAUACAAACUGUUCAUUCCCACUUUACAGUGACUGGAGGAAACCUGAAACACAUACCGUAUUUGCCCGUUGACAACAAAAUUACCUAGUCAAAUAGGGUUUUGCAAGACUGUUAGGCAUUUGACAUUCCAAAAUCUUGUAUGCUCUCCCACCUCUACAUUUAUGGGCCUUUACAAAGCUACUUUUAACUUUGAAUUGAGAAGCAGUCAUUAACUAGGGCAUCUAUUACUAACUCUUCUUAAAGUUUCUUUUAAACAUUUGCAGCUUUAUUUAGUUCCUGUUCCUUGGACAAAUUCCACAUUCUAGAGUCUCUAUACCAAAUGCAGUAGCACAGCUAGUAAAAGUUAUAUUGCUCUUCAAACUUUGAUAUCUGUAACAUUCCUGUUCUUCAACAAACCUGCUGAUAAUGGUAAAACAUGCAAACCUGCUGAGUGCUCCCAGCACCUAAACUAGGGAAAUUGACUGACACUUAGGAAAAUAAACUCUUUAGUCUGAAGGACUUAUGUUUUUUUUAUAAAAGACGUUUGCUGCCCUUGCCUUCCUGAUAGGAAGAGGCAAUUGGAACAUUCCUCUCUAUAAAACAUCCCCAGUUAUGGACACACUUGCUUCUGUAGUGGACAAUAAUUCAUUGGCCCAUAAUUUAACAGUGUUAUUUCCUUAAUACGUCCAUGUUUUUCCAAGAUGCCCACAGGUUUAUAUCUUUGAGGUUUUUGAUACCUUAGGGAAAAAGGAAUAAAAAAUUCAAUUAAAUUUGCAAAUCUGUUGACUCUAAAAGUAACUCCAGAUUGCAGACUAGCUUAGUUGUGUCUGAAUUGCAGAAUCCUUUUUCAGUCCUUUAUUUACUCAUGCCUAGUAAAACAAAAUGGUUCUAGAACUUAUCAUGAGUGUUUACAUUAACUAAAAUGGCAUCUCAAGAUUUUUGUGUAUAAUUUAAGUUCAAAUCUUUGUUUUUGAACCAUAAACAUUCUUUUGAUUUUUUUUGCCUCCAGUUUUAUUUAUUUCUCAAGUGCUGUUUACAUCUAAAGUAUUGUGAAGACAGUAUUGCCAUUUGUUUAUAAAAUAUUUUUAUGAAAAGAAGAUGAAUAUCUGUACCAUUGCUUUAUGUAUUCACACAGAGAUCCUCUUGCUGCUAAGGAUCUGUUUCCAAUAUUUGUAACAUGGAAAGUUGAUAUCUGGGAAGGGUGUUAAGACUGUCAGUGGUUCUGCUUCUUGGCAUAUACCUAUAGCAUAUCUACUAAUAGACACACAUGUAGUGGCUCAUAGUGAUUUUAGACUAUAAAGUGAAAACAAAAUAUUUCAUAUGCUUUCAUUCAGAGUUUCAGAACAACAACGGUGUACUCUUAAAGCAAUCCUGGCAACUUGAAUUGUUUUAAAAUUGUUUGUUUUUCUGUUCCCCUGCUGUUAACAAGUCUUGGUGUUUGUUUUUGCAGCAGAACAGUGACCCUGAAUAAUGCUAAACUUUGUCAAGCUUGCUGUGCCUCUCCUUUUAUGACCUUACAUAUCUGCCUUAUCUGUUUCAGUUAAUCUGUGGUUUUGACAGAUGCCCUGUUAUAGAGGGUGGGGCAGAACCCCUCAGAGUUCCCCCUCAAAACAGGAUGCCUGUGAUGUCACCAGGUUAGUGCUUUAUACGGGAAGCCCACAAAACAGACCUUGAAAAGUAAAUAAACUAAAUCAAACUUUGGGUGAAUCUUUCAGUUACAAGGAAUACCUGAACCAUAGUCAGAUUUACAAAUGGAAGUCAUUUCCUAUCCCCGCUCCCCCACCCCCCAAAUGAUUUGUCCCUUUUAACUUGACUAUAGAGACUCUGUGGCUUCAUGUUUGAGGUAAAGGUGUAAAUUCAGGCUUAGAUUUUUAGCAUAUAUAAUGAAAGUGACUCUCAAAGGGGAAAAAUGUCCUUUCUUAGUGUUGUGACACACAAAAAAUGGCAGCUGCCUUAUGUGUUCAAAAUAUCAGUUCUUGAUUCUCUUUGCUGGAGGUUUCUUUGGAGGAUUGGGAAAUUAGUGGGAUUGUGGCACUUCCAGAGAACUUGAAUUUAAAGAAAGGGGAUUUUUAAUCAGACUUUUUCAAGAUAAUAUAAUGCAGACAUACUCCUGACGCAGACUUGGAAGACUAGUCUUUAUCCAAGAUUCAAAACCUCUGCUUUUCAACUGCGGACUCAACUCCACUUCUUUAUUUCUUUUAAGAGGUCCUCCAGCAAAACCAGGACAACUCUCAGUAGUUCAGGGGUAUUGAUAAUUAAUAGGCCCCCAAAUCCUCAAACUUUCAGGACUGACUUAAGAGCCAGAUCUUGCAAGGUGUUAACACGCAGCUUGAUCCAGCAAAAUAUAUGCUUAACUUUUUAAGCGCAUGUGUAGACUCAUUAGCUUCAGUGAGAUUACUUGUGCGUCCCUGAAUCUGAGUCAGUGCUCUUAGCACCUUGUAGAACCAAGCCCUUACAUGCUAAAUAAGGGCACGUGAUUUUGUUUCCUGUUGUAGGUCGCAUUAACUCUCCAUGCAACAUAUGGAAAACAUGGUCCAGUAGAAUAUUUAUCAUUUAAAAUAAACAUGUUUCAAGUAGCCACUUCUGUAGAGAUGGCAUCAAAUCUAGGAUGUUGGUAUUCCUGGUUUUAUGUUAGAUAAAGCAGAGCUCCAUGAAAAUGAUCUGGAAAUACCAAAUGCCAGUGCUAAUAUAGUAAAUAAAACCUUUUUAUAAGUUUCUAACCCCAAAACUUGGCUAUUUUAUAAAUGUGUAGAUUGUUCAGUGUAGCAAUUCUUGAUCUGUUUUGCAACAAGGCUAACUAUUCUUUUUUUUUAAUUUUUUCAUGUAAUGAAAAAAAAAUCCCACCCCAAACAGACAAAAAAAGCCACUUAGGGGAAUGGUGUUAGUGGAAUUUACUGUGGUGUUGAACAAAAUUUAAUAUUUAAAAUAGCAUUAAAAUCUGCAUAACUACUAGGACAGCAAUGUUAGGUACUUAUACACUUCAGUGCUACACUGUUUCAGUACUAGUUGUACAAUUUCUAAUUAGUACAACAAAAUCAGGUUAAUUCAAAUUGUCUGAGUUUAAUGGAAGUCCUUUUGUAGACUUCAAGUACUACGUGAUAAAAGUAAUGAAUAGUCAUUUGUCCUUCCUGUAUUUUUCCUACUUGAGAAGAUUAAGAAAACCUUUUUGUCAAGAAGGCUUUUUCCGUUUUUUAUUGCUUUAUUCUGAAUCAUUUAGGAUUCUUUAAGAGAAAGGUCACCCAUUGUAAUUAUAAAGCCAACAUAGCUUUGUGUAGGGUUGCCCGUUUGUAAUUAGUAGAUACCCCAUCAACUGACACUUCUUUGCCUGCCUAUAGAAGCCCUUUUAUGUCAAGGAUUAAUUGGUAGACCACUAAUAAAUCUCUCUCUCUCUCUCUCUCUGUCUCUCUCUCUCUCUUUCUUUUCUUUUCUUUUCUUUUCUUUUCUGGUAUUCUUUUGAGACAUGGAGAGAUUUUGAAAGAUUAUCUGAUUUUUUUUUUUUUAAAUGAUUGACUGAAACAGUGUGUUGAUAUGGGCAAAUUUGAUAUGGAUUUAACCUACAAAAUAGUUGUUGACUGUAAAUGUCUGACUGAACACUAAAAGGUACCAUACUGUAUUAAACCCCAUUUUCAGUCAUCCAUGUGGUAGUGUCUGAUAAUGCUCAUAACUUGAGCCACACCACACGUGUGCUAUGUUGAAUGGAAUGAACAUAGUUCUAGUUGAUGUACAUUUUCAGAACAGAGCUGUGGUUGUUGUGUAAGAAAUUAAAAUAAGCUUUUCAAAGUGGAACUUCUUGAAUUUGUGUAUUGGCCCCAUGAUUUAAGUAGGGACUUUACUGUUCAAUUUAAGGUAAUUUAAUUUUACUGUCUACUUGCAUUCAAUUGUAGAUGACUUCUUAUACAGGGGAAUUACAGACUACACUAAUGUACAGUGGUUAGCAUAAACAGGUAUAUAAAACUUGUUCUUAAAGUUUUUGGGGGAAGACAUUUCUUUGCACUAAACACAGAUCUCUUAGUUAAGUUUUUUCCCCUUCCUUCCACCCUACCCCCGUCACAGAAAAUAGUAUUACUUGAAGGUUUAAAAAUUCCUGUGACAGUGAAGUUUGAAGCACAGUAAUGUAAAUAAGUAAAUAUUGUUAUGACUUUAACAUUAAACCCGGAUUUAAUUAAUAUAUUAUUUUUAUCUUGUAUUAAAACAACUAUUUAAAAGCAUUACAAAUAAAAUCUUUGGAAGAUGGCUGAAGACUGCUUUUUUUAUUUUAAAAUGAGGUGGCUGGUCAAGUAUCUACUGAGAGAUUGGUGAUGGGGGGCCCCCAAGCUGUAUCUUAUAUUUGUAAACAUGUAAAAUAGUGACUAGAAUAAGGGACUUGGUGUCAGGAAUCAUGGCCUUGGGACUGUCAGCCUUCCUGUGUGUUACUUGACCUCUGUCAGCCCCAUCCCCCUUUAUUAGUACCUCCUUUGCAUAGUCCCACCCUCCUGACUCCUUCGUCUUUCCUAACCCUCAGUUUCUAACUCCUUUGCAUUCCUGUGUAGCUGCUUCCACUUCAUCCUUGCUACCUGGAUACAUGGGUGUGUGUUGAGGGGCGGGGGGACAGACACCGCAUAGAAGACAUGGUCUGAUUGUCACUGCCCUCACUGUGUAUGCCUGCUGCCACAGAGCCUCACCCCCAACCUAGUAGCAGGGAGGAGCAAUUGCAGGGUAAUACUGGCUCUGUUCCUGAAGCCCUAGGAUGAAGCAUACUUGGUACAGUCUCUGGAGAAUUUAGCUGCGCACGUUUUUCCCAGGUUAUGUAUGACAUGAUCAAAUUUGGGUGAAUUUUCACAGGAUCAGGAAAAGCCACAUCUGUGAUGGGUUCCCUGCCCCCCAACACGUUAGACCCACGGGCCAAGCCAUGGUAGAAUGACCCUAGAGCAGUGGUGGACAACUUGUGACCCAUUAGGAGCUCUGCAUGCUCAAUCCCUCUUGUGCAUUAGGGACCCUGCACUCACCUACACCUCCCCUGCCCUCCCAGAACUUCCAGAGCGCUGUGAAUCAGUUGAUUAGUAGCGUGCAAGGUGUGUGUGUGUGUGUGUGUGUGUGUGUGUGUGUGUGUGGAGGGGCGCAAAUCAACCAAUUCCUGGCGCACUGGAAGUGCUGGGAAGAGAGGGGAAGGAGAAGGGAUGGGUCGCGCUCUGGGAAGGAGGCAGGGAAGAGGCCUGGUAGGGAUUUGAAGAAAGGGGUGGAGUGGGGAUGGGGUCUGCAGUGGAGGGGAGGGUCGAGCAGCCCCUGGGCAAGUGAGAAGCGACCCAUUUAAAGCAAGGGCACGUGCGAGGGGCACACUGAUUGCACACAAGCUCCCUCUAAUUCUUUGUUACUUUUGCUGGCAACUUCAGGUGCUCCUGCUAAUGGGUCCCUUUGGGUUGAAAAGGCCUGAGAGAGGAGAGCCAAGUGCAAUGUGUUUUAUCUUGUUCUUGGGGUCACGUUUAGUGCACGUGCCCGAGUUCAAUCGUGCGGCCCAGUGAGAUGGGGCCACUCCUGCAGCCCGUUUGCUAGCCUUGGUUGCCCAUCGUGGCCCUAGCACUUCGCAAUGAGAGGGUUGCUCUUAGUUCU